AUGUCAACCGAAAAUGACCCACACGCGCCCCUCCUCCGCCCUCGCCAAGACCCUCCGACCUCCCCAACCGCCCGCCAAACCACCCUGGCCGUCCUCCUCGGCCGAGCCACUGGCCGCCGCGGGCCGUCCAUGCUGGUAAGAGAAACUGCGGCUCGUCAGCUGGAUGAGAGACGCGCCGAUUGGGGUUACUCCAAGCCGGUGGUGGCAUUAGACAUGCUAUGGAAUGCAGCGUUCGUGGUGGUGUCGAUAACGAUGCUGGUGGUGACGCUGAAGGAGAGGCCGAACACACCCAUAAGGAUAUGGAUCUGUGGGUAUGCGUUGCAGUGUUUGGUGCAUGUCGUUUUGGUGUGGUUGGAGUAUAGGAGAAGGAACACGAGGAGGGGAAGAGAUACGGAGAGCCAACAGCAGUCAAUUGAGGGAGAGAAUGUUGCUGAGAGUGAAUAUGAAUAUGGUGAUGAACAUGAUAUGGCAUCUGCACCUAGAUCAAGUAUCACUAAAAGAUGUGAAUCAGUGAAUACCAUGGUGUCAUUUCUCUGGUGGAUAAUUGGCUUUUAUUGGGUAGUCUCUGGUGGCAAUGCCCUUAUGCAAAAUGCUCCGGGUUUGUACUGGCUGGCCGUGGUUUUUCUCGCAUUUGAUGUGUUCUUUGCGAUCUUUUGUGUUGUUUUGGCAUGUCUGAUUGGGAUCGCUCUCUGUUGCUGCUUGCCAUGCAUUAUUGCGAUUCUUUACGCUGUUGCAGGGCAGGAAGGUGCAUCAGAAGCAGAUCUCAGUAUGCUGCCCAAAUACAAAUAUCAAGUAAUGCGCAAUGAGGAAAAGCCCAGUGUUGGGGCAGGGAAAAUGGUGCCUGUGGAAACAACCAGUGAAUACUUGGCAACUGAGCGUAUACUUUUACCUGAGGAUGCAGAAUGCUGUAUAUGUCUCAGCGCAUAUGAGGAUGGAGCAGAACUCCAUACACUCCCUUGCAACCAUCAUUUCCAUGCUACGUGCAUCGUGAAAUGGCUUAAGAUGAAUGCAACAUGUCCUCUCUGCAAGUUCAACAUUCUCAAGGGAAAUGAGCAGAAGAUACCAAGGCAGAAGGAAAGAAUUCUCCAAAUUUCUGCGAAUACAAGUUAUAGCAUUCAGUCAACAGCGUUUCAGUAG